AUGGCUUANUGGCAAGGGACAGGAUGUUUCUGCAAUCCUGGCGCAUGUGCAAAGUAUCUCGACUUGUCUCAUUCUGAUCUAUUGUCUAAUGUAGAGGCUGGGCAUGNGUAUCCUGCAGAUUUUGUUGCUGUGUCAUUCUACAAGUUAUUUGGUUACCCUACUGGGCUUGGCGCUCUCCUUGUACGGAAUGACUCAGCCAAAUUGCUCAAAAAGACUUAUUUUAGUGGAGGCACUGUUGCGGCUUCUAUUGCUGACAUUGACUUUUUAUCUUCACAUAAAUCAGGCCCAACGGUUACAUUCAACUUGAAAAGACCUGAUGGCUCUUGGUUUGGUUACUUGGAGGUGGAAAAGCUUGCUUCUUUAUCUGGAAUUCAGUUACGGACAGGAUGUUUCUGCAAUCCUGGCGCAUGUGCAAAGUAUCUCGACUUGUCUCAUUCUGAUCUAUUGUCUAAUGUAGAGGCUGGGCAUGUUUGCUGGGAUGAUAAUGAUGUGAUAAAUGGAAAACCAACAGGGGCUGUUAGGGUUUCGUUUGGUUAUAUGUCAACCUUUGAAGAGGCCAAGAAAUUUGUUGAUUUCAUCAUAAGUUCAUUUGUUUCACCUCCAAAGAAGAUUGGGAAUGGAAAUGUCAUCAGUGGAAGGUUUCCUCAACUUCCUUGUGACGAACUUGAAAGUAAAGAAUCUUUUCCAAGCCACUACCUUAAGUCAAUUACUAUAUACCCAAUCAAGUCAUGUGCUGGAUUUUCUGUGAUGCGUNGCCAUCCGUCAUGGCUUCAAAUUACUCAAGUCGCUUACACCUUCUGCAAUUUGGAUAAGUUUAAAGUGCCCUCCAAACAAUCUCAUAUUGUAGAAGCUAAGUGUGUUCUGUAUCUAUUUACUAGGCACACAACGUCACUUUCCGUAUAUGUGAAAAAGAAACUACAGGCUUUACGACAUGGAAACGGAGCUGGUGUAUGUAUUCUGUAUGGCAGUGAAAAUCUGAAGUUAUCUUCACAUAAAUCAGGCCCAACGGUUACAUUCAACUUGAAAAGACCUGAUGGCUCUUGGUUUGGUUACUUGGAGGUGGAAAAGCUUGCUUCUUUAUCUGGAAUUCAGUUACGGUUAUCUUCACAUAAAUCAGGCCCAACGGUUACAUUCAACUUGAAAAGACCUGAUGGCUCUUGGUUUGGUUACUUGGAGGUGGAAAAGCUUGCUUCUUUAUCUGGAAUUCAGUUACGGACAGGAUGUUUCUGCAAUCCUGGCGCAUGUGCAAAGUAUCUCGACUUGUCUCAUUCUGAUCUAUUGUCUAAUGUAGAGGCUGGGCAUGUUUGCUGGGAUGAUAAUGAUGUGAUAAAUGGAAAACCAACAGGGGCUGUUAGGGUUUCGUUUGGUUAUAUGUCAACCUUUGAAGAGGCCAAGAAAUUUGUUGAUUUCAUCAUAAGUUCAUUUGUUUCACCUCCAAAGAAGAUUGGGAAUGGAAAUGUCAUCAGUGGAAGGUUUCCUCAACUUCCUUGUGACGAACUUGAAAGUAAAGAAUCUUUUCCAAGCCACUACCUUAAGUCAAUUACUAUAUACCCAAUCAAGUCAUGUGCUGGAUUUUCUGUGAUGCGUUGGCCACUUUGCAGAACAGGCCUGCUGCAUGAUCGAGAAUGGAUGGUUCAGGGUCUGACAGGCGACAUUCUUACCCAAAAGAAGGUACCUGAGAUGUCUCUUAUAAGAACCUUUAUCGACCUUGAGGAAGGGCUACUGUCUGUAGAAUCUNUGUAUGGCAGUGAAAAUCUGAAGUUAUCUUCACAUAAAUCAGGCCCAACGGUUACAUUCAACUUGAAAAGACCUGAUGGCUCUUGGUUUGGUUACUUGGAGGUGGAAAAGCUUGCUUCUUUAUCUGGAAUUCAGUUACGGACAGGAUGUUUCUGCAAUCCUGGCGCAUGUGCAAAGUAUCUCGACUUGUCUCAUUCUGAUCUAUUGUCUAAUGUAGAGGCUGGGCAUGUUUGCUGGGAUGAUAAUGAUGUGAUAAAUGGAAAACCAACAGGGGCUGUUAGGGUUUCGUUUGGUUAUAUGUCAACCUUUGAAGAGGCCAAGAAAUUUGUUGAUUUCAUCAUAAGUUCAUUUGUUUCACCUCCAAAGAAGAUUGGGAAUGGAAAUGUCAUCAGUGGAAGGUUUCCUCAACUUCCUUGUGACGAACUUGAAAGUAAAGAAUCUUUUCCAAGCCACUACCUUAAGUCAAUUACUAUAUACCCAAUCAAGUCAUGUGCUGGAUUUUCUGUGAUGCGUUGGCCACUUUGCAGAACAGGCCUGCUGCAUGAUCGAGAAUGGAUGGUUCAGGGUCUGACAGGCGACAUUCUUACCCAAAAGAAGGUACCUGAGAUGUCUCUUAUAAGAACCUUUAUCGACCUUGAGGAAGGGCUACUGUCUGUAGAAUCUUCUCGCUGCAAAGACAAGUUGCACAUAAAAAUCAAGUCUGAUUCACAUGCCAACAUACUUGAAAAGCUUAAUGAGGAAACUAGAAUCAAUAGUUGGUUCACCAAUGCCAUUGGUCGACAAUGCAAGUUGCUACGGUAUUCUAGCUCUACUUCAAAACACUGCUUAAACAGAACCAAGACUCCUGGAUUGUGCAGAGAUUUGGAAAGCAAUAUCAACUUUGCUAAUGAAGCUCAGUUCUUGUUAAUUUCCGAGGAGAGUGUUGCCGACCUAAACAGAAGAUUAGAAGCAAAAGACGAGGAUUACAAACGGGCUCAUGAGAAACUCAAUCCACAUAGAUUCAGACCAAAUCUAGUUAUAUCUGGAGGUGAACCAUACGCAGAAGAUAAAUGGAGAACUAUCAAGAUAGGAGACAAUCAUUUCACAUCGUUGGGCGGUUGUAACCGGUGCCAGAUGAUAAACAUAAGUAACGAGGCUGGACUAGUGAAGAAAUCCAAUGAGCCCUUGACAACUUUAGCUUCAUAUAGGAGAGUAAAGGGAAAGAUCUUGUUUGGAACUCUUCUGAGAUACGAGAUUGAUGAGAACACACAAUGUUGGAUUGGAGUUGGGGAUGAAGUAAAUCCAGAUAUUGAAUAGGUUCAAGCUUACUAUACAUACAAACAAAUGGAGAAGCAUCAAGCAUAUGAGAAAAAGUCUGUAUACUUCAUCGAUAAUAUAGAGAAGCAUCCAGAUAUUGUAUUUACUCUUUCAAGUUUGUAGAGAAAAAAAAAACAAAUUCUCGAUAAUAUAGCUCAGAGCCUCAGACACUAAAGUCUUGAGUAUACCAAAUACUGUAGUGAGAAAACCAAACAUUAUGUAAUACUGUAAUAGAAAAGGAAUAAUACAAAAGGUUACAUUUUUACA